UUUUCUGUCAAAUGCGUUACCGUAUUUAAUAUCCAGAAAGUCAAUAAUAUUAUCAAAAUUACAGCUUAACAGCUGUAAUAAACCUAAUUAUACAACAUUAAACAGUUAUAGAUAGUUAUACAGUGCAUACACGCGUUCAAAGUGGUUAAAUAGCUAUUUCCUGGGUGCGGCGUUCGCGUGUGAUAUUUUCCAGAUUUUUUAACUUUUAUCAUGUCUGUGAGUGAAAAAGUGUCUUUAUCGGACGCUUUAAGCAAUGUGGAUGUACUGGAUGAGCUCACACUUCCAGAUGAACAACCCUGUAUUGAAGCAGCGCCAUGCUCAAUCCUGUACCAGGCUAACUUUGACACAAACUUUGAGGACCGCAACGGCUUUGUCACUGGGAUUGCCAAGUACAUCGAAGAGGCUACCGUUCAUGCCAACUUGAACGAGCUCCUAGAAGAGGGCAACGCCCACGCCGUGAUGCUGUACACCUGGCGUUGCUGCUCGCGCGCCAUCCCGCAGCCGCGCUCCAACGAGCAGCCCGACCGUGUGCAUAUUUACGAGCGCACUGUCCAAGUGCUGGCGCCGGAGGUCGACAAGCUGCUGCAGUUCAUGUACUUUCAGCGUAAAGCCAUCGAGCGCUUCUGCGGAGAAGUGCGCCGUCUCUGCCACGCCGAGAAGCGGCGCGACUUCGUCUCCGAGGCGUACCUGCUCACGCUCGGCAAGUUCGUCAACAUGUUCGCCGUGCUCGACGAGCUGAAGAACAUGAAGAGCUCGGUGAAGAACGACUACUCUACCUACAGGAGAGCCGCCCAGUUCCUAAAGGUGAUGUCAGACAGCCAGAGCCUCCAGGAGUCCCAGAACCUGUCCAUGUUUCUAGCCACGCAAAACAAGAUCAGAGACACUGUGAAGGAUGCCCUGGAGAAGAUAACUGGGUACGAGGAUCUGUUGGCGGACGUAGUCAACAUCUGCGUCCACAUGUUCGAGACCAAAAUGUACCUGACGCCCUCCGAGAAACACAUGCUCGUCAAGGUGAUGGGCUUCGGACUGUUCCUAAUGGACUCUGACGCCUGCAACAUCAACCGCCUGGACCAGAAGAAAAAGAUCCGUCUCGACCGGAUCGACAGGAUCUUCAAGAACUUGGAGGUGGUGCCUCUAUUCGGCGAUAUGCAAAUCGCGCCGUUUAAUUACAUCAAGCGAUCUAAACACUACGAUCCGAGCAAGUGGCCGCUAUCCUCGAGCCCUAACCCGCCGUCUCCACAAGCUGAUCUGAUGGUCCACCUGCCCCAGAUCCGCGAGGAACACCAGAACUACAUCUCCGAGCUGGCCCGCUACAGCAAUGAAGUGACAACAACGUUCAAAGAGGCCGGCUCCGACGCCGAGAACAAGGCAGUGACCGAGCUCUGCCUGCGCGGCCUACAACUCCUAUCAUCCUGGUGUUCGGUGCUCACUGAGUUAUGCUCGUGGAAGCUCCUCCAUCCUACAGAUCACGCCAGUAACCCGCGCUGCCCACCUGAUGCCGAAGAGUAUGAACGCGCGACCCGGUAUAACUACACCUCUGAAGAGAAGUUCGCCAUGAUCGAAGUGAUCGCCAUGAUCAAGGGUCUGCAGGUGCUCAUGGCCAGGAUGGAGACGGUCUUCGCUGAUGCGGCCAGGCGAUCCAUAUAUGCUGAGCUACAAGACUUCGUGCAACUGGUUUUACGUGAACCUCUCAGGAAGGCUAUCAAGAACAAGAAGGACCUUAUUCGGAGUAUAAUAGUGUCGGUGAGAGAGACCUGCGGGGACUGGGCCCGCGGCUGUGAGCCCCAACAGGACCCGGCGCUGCGAGGGAAGAAGGACUCCGAGGCUGGCUUCACCAUCAAAGUGCCCAGAAGGAACGUCGGCCCAUCUUCCACUCAACUCUACAUGGUGCGCACUCAACUCGAGGCCCUGAUCUCCGACAAAUCUGGUGGCAGGCGCACCCUUCGCAAAGACCUGGACGCAGCCACCUUGGUCCAGAUCGAGGCCUUCCACCGCCAGAGCUUCUACUGGAACUGUCUGCUGAACCUGUCAGACUCCCUCCAAAAGUGCUGCGACCUGUCCCAGCUGUGGUACCGGGAGUUCUACCUGGAAAUGACCAUGGGAAGAAAAGUCAACAAAUGCACGGUCCGCCACCAGCACAACGAGGAGUGCAACGACCUGAUCACCAUGGAGAAGCGGAUCCAGUUCCCGAUCGAGAUGUCCAUGCCCUGGAUCCUGACCGACCACGUGCUGCGCAGCAAGGAGCCUGCCAUGAUGGAAUACGUGCUCUACCCGCUCGAUCUUUACAACGACUCGGCCCAAUACGCGCUGACCGUGUUCCGCAAACAGUUCCUGUACGACGAAGUGGAGGCGGAGGUGAACCUGUGCUUCGACCAGUUCGUCUACAAGCUGUCCGAGCAGGUGUACGCGCACUACAAGCAGCUCGCGGCCAGUAUGCUCCUGGACAAGCGCUACCGCGCGGAGUGCAUGGCGCGCGGCGCGCCGGCGGGCCCGGCGGCGGGGCGCUACGCCUCGCUGCUGCGCCAGCGCCACGUCGCGCUGCUCGGCCGCCACGUCGCGCUCAGCGCCCUGGUGGCCCAGCGGAUCAACGCGGACAUGCACCGGGCCCUGGAUGCGGCGGUGGCCAAGUUCGAAGCCGGCGACAUCACGGGUGUUGUGGAACUGGAAGGCCUGAUAGCCGUGAACCGCCUCUGCCACAAGCUCCUCAGCCGAUACCUGGCUCUCGACGACUUCGAGAGCAUCCUCCGCGAGAGUGACCACGGAGUACUAGCCCCCUACGGCCGGGUCACUCUCCAUGUGUUCUGGGAGCUCAACUACGAUCUACUGCCGAAUUACUGCUACAACGCGGCCACUGACAGGUUCGUGAAAUGCCGCGGCAUCCAGUUCGCGGCCAACGUGCAACGGGAGCGGCCGCAGCAGUAUGGGCACGCUCUGCUGUGGGGCUCCAAGCAGCUCAGCCUGGCUUACUCGGCGCAGUACGCGCAGUACGCAGGUUUCGUGGGCACCCAGCACCUGCACGCGCUGGUGCGGCUGCUAGGCUACCAGGGCGUGGCCGUGGUGGUCUCCGAGCUGCUGGGCGUAGCCCGGGGGCUGCUGCACGGGUCUCUGGCGCAGUUCACGCGCGCGCUGCACGCGGCCAUGCCGAGACACUGCAAGCUGCCGAGAUACGACUACGGCUCCAAUGGCGUCCUGGGCUACUACCACGCACAGUUGACAGAUAUCGUGCAGUACCCCGACGCGCGCACGGAACUGUUCCACGCGUUCCGGGAGCUCGGCAACAUCAUACUGUUCUGCAUGCUAGUCGAGCAGGCGCUGAGCCAGGAGGAGGUGACGGACUUACUGCAUGCGGCGCCCUUUCAGAACAUACUGCCCAGACCAUUCACAGCUGAGGGCGAGAAGCCCGAGACGAAGCAAAAGCGUCUGGAGGCCAAGUAUGCCGCGCUGCAGAUCGUUCAGAACGUCGACAAGUACGGCACUGCCAAGCAAAGCCAGCUGGCCCGUGAAGGGGACUUACUGACCCGCGAGCGUCUCUGCUGCGGGCUGUCGCUGUUCUCGGUGGUGCUGCGGCGCCUGCGCGCCUGCCUCGCCGCGCCCGCCUGGCCCCUCCCCCCCGCCGCGCCCCACGCCGCCCCCCUGCACGCCGACGACACUAACGAGUUCCACAGACUGUGGUCGGCUCUCCAAUUCCUGUAUUGCAUCCCGGUCACCGAUACACAGUUCACCGUCGAGGAACUGUUCGGCGAGGGUCUCCACUGGGCAGGCUGCACCAUCGUGGCCCUGCUGGGGCAGCAGCGCCGCUUCGAGGCCCUGGACUUCUGCUACCACAUCCUCAGGGUGCAGCGGGUGGAUGGCAAGGACGAGCUGGUCAAGGGCAUCCCGCUGAAGCGCAUGGUGGACCGCAUCCGCCGCUUCCAGGUGCUGAACUCGCAGAUCUUCGGCGUGCUGGCGCGCCACCUGGCGGCCGACGACGAGCGCGCCGGCGUCGAGCACGUGCGCUGCUUCCCGCCCCCCAGCGCGCCGCAACAUGGUUAA